UCCUUGCAUUGUGACAGUAAUUCAUUGUAGCAGUCAUUUUACAGGAUCAGGUCGGAUUUGUUACAUUCUUUUUAAACUGAAAACUAAAUUAUAGACGAAGUUGAAUUUUAUUUGGACUACUGUUUCUAUAACAUGAGUGCGAAGAAAUACUUGAAAACGGUCCCUCCUCAGCCUCCGGCACAACCGGUGGCCAAAACCGAGAAAGAGGAGCAACUCUGGAAAGCUCUCAAGCGACACAUAAUGAGGGAACGGGAACGUAAAAAACAGGAAAUGGAGGCCGAGGUGGAAGAGGAACGCCUACGAAAGGAACGGGAAGCUCGGGAAAAACAAGAUGUGAUGACAUUGGGCGAAACGAAAGAGCAAAUCCAAAAGUUGGAAAAAACACUCCAAGAGUUGAGAAACGAAAAACAGCAAUUGUUUUUACAGCUCAAAAAGGUACUGAAUGAGGACGACAAUCGGAAGCGUCAGAUGAAGGUAGAAAUGUUUCCCAUCCAUAAUAUUCCUCAGCAGCAAAUAUUUUUGCCACAGCGCACCACGACUAUUGCACCGCAUCAACAGCAUUUGAUUCAUAAAAGUAAUCAACCAAUAAAUGUAUCCAAACGCACGCAUAGUCCAUCACCCCAAGGAUAUUAUAAGCAGCCUAGUACAAGUCAAACGUAUCCGCCUCCUCAGCAGAAAAUCGAGGAAGGCAGGCGAGGCCCGGGUGAAGUGGCCCGUGCCGUUCUGUGGAACAAGUCUCAGUAUUGUCCACCCGGAACACUAUUCUAUCCAUCCAACCAACCACCACCGAAUCCGCAGGAUAACCGUCAACCACAGCCUCAGAUCAUAUAUCCACCGUACCAGGGUAACAUUGCGAUGCCUAUUCGGCAAGCAUAUCAUGUGGAUAUUACACCACAACAAGGACCUCCCCCGCAAGGGCCUCCAAAGGUAUCCGAGGUUAAACCUGGACCUGUGCCGGGAUCAACCUCCGGCAAUGUGUAUCAUAUUACACUCGAUCAACAGGGUAUUCCCCAGGGGCCGACGCAACAAAAUCCAGGACCUCCUCCACAGCUAAAAGCUAUAACGAUCGAAAAAAUACCACAAGAUAGAGGCGUUCCGUAUCAUAUUGAGUUGAAACAUGAUGACCGAAAGGAUAUUCGACAAACACAGCCCCCUCCACAACAACCUCCCCAGCCAAGCACUCAUCUGCCGGAGGGAAUUGUUUAUUCGUCGGCACUGCGUGCAGGUGCUAUUCCGAUGCAUGCGAUCGCUGCCAAUCAGCAAAUGCCGAAGGGCAGCAUUACGCAGGGCUACCCCCAGUCAAGGCCACCACCGAUCCCCAAUACGGUCCCACAGCAGCCGACACAGAUGCACUAUCAGAGACAUCGGUACUAGUGGUUGCGAGUUGAGCUGUGUGGAUAUGAUGUUACUACAUUUCCCUUAUUAUUGCAAUGAAACAGUUACUUAAUACGGAAUUUUAAUCAUUGAGUAUGUUUUGAGAUGCGCCCGUGGAUGGUCUUUGAAUAUAAAUAUAACGACGAAAUCUAGAAAUAUG